GUCAUCCGAGUCAUUGGAGUCAUCCGAGUCAUCCACAUCCCGCAGCUCGAUCUGCGGAACCCCGGAACAUCGCCACAGCCGCAGGACUUAUUUCAAAAUGGCGGAUGAUGAUGACCACACCUUCGAGAAAGCGGAAGCUGGCGCUUCCGCCACUUACCCCAUGCAGGCAGGUGAGAUCCGCAAAGGCUCUCAUUUGAUGAUCAAGGGACGCCCCUGCAAGUGUGUGGAGGUUUCCACCUCGAAGACUGGAAAGCACGGCCACGCAAAAGCGCACAUCGUGGCCAUUGACAUUUUCACAGGCAAGAAGAUGGAGGAUCUUUGCCCAACUUCCCACAACUUGGAAGUCCCCUUUGUGAAGAGGACCGAGUGGCAAGUCUGUGCGGCCGAUCCUGACUCCGGCGAGGUGAGUCUGAUGCAAGAGUCCGGCGAGAUCAAGGAAGACUUGAACCUGCCUACUUUCGUGAAGAUUGGCGAGCCAACUGAUGAGGACAAAAAGGUGGUGCAGGAUCUGCUGGCUGGACUGGACAGUGGAAAGGACGUCUUUGCCGUGGUCCAGGCCGCCUGCGGGGAGGAGAAGAUUGUCAGCGUCAAGGUGAACGGAUGAGUCGACAGCGAAACCGCUGUGGCUCUGCCGGAUCCGAUCCGAAAAGCCCGGGAGUCCUGGUGGGACAUUUUUGGUGAACUCUGAAAAGGCACAGCAUUUGUGAGCUGCAGAAGCU